CUCGAUCUCUCCACAACUCCCCCCCCCCCUCCAGCUCUCUCCAAAGUCCAAGUCUCUCUCGGUGCUCACGCCGCCGCCGGCCACCGCCGCCCCCCGUCCGUACACCGCGUGGCCCGCCCCCGCGCAGGUGAGGGAGCUAGCGGCCUUCGUCUGCCGGCGCCGGAGGCGGAGCCAGAUUGUUGGGAAACGAGUUUUCCGCCCGCUUCUCUGGUUUCUCGGCGGUGUCUUUUACUCCUGGGGCGGCGAUCCCGACGCGGGGAUGCGGCGGGCUGUGGCGUGAUGUGUGGAUCGGAGCAUGGACUUGAUCGCGUCGCACGGUAGGAGCUGCAGCGGUCGGGGUGGGAGCAGGGGUCGCGCGGCGGGGUGCGGCCAUGACGAUUUACAUAGCGCGGGAGGCUUCCAAGGUAUGGAGGAAGGUGACCACGGAGACGUCGGUGGAGCUCUCGCUGCUGCGCGAGAAGUGGGGAUUGCUCCUCGCCGGAAUUGUGUUUCAGUAUAUUCAUGGGCUGGCUGCUCGAGGAGUGCAUUACUUGCAUCGACCUGGUCCACUUCUGCAGGACCUUGGAUUUAUGGCCCUUCCAGAGUUUGGGCAAGACAAAGGUUAUCUAAGUGAGAGCAUAUUUGCUUCCAUCUUCGCUUCCUUUGUUUUAUGGACUUUUCAUCCUUUUAUUUAUCAUAGCAAAAGAUUCUACACUGUCCUAAUCUGGCGCCGGGUGCUAGCCUUUUUAGUUGCUUCGCAGGUUUUAAGAAUCAUUACGUUCUAUUCCACCCAGCUUCCGGGCCCAAACUACCAUUGUCGUGAGGGCUCAAAGUUGGCUACUCUUCCACCACCCAACAAUGUAUUUGAAGUGCUCCUGAUUAACUUUCCUCGUGGAGUACUUUUUGGCUGCGGUGAUCUGAUAUUUUCAUCUCACAUGAUUUUUACUCUUGUUUUUGUUCGAACAUACCACAAAUAUGGUUCAAAAAGGUUUGUUAAGCUUCUUGCUUGGUUCAUGGCCAUAGUUCAGAGUCUUCUUAUAAUUGCUUCUCGCAAACACUACUCUGUGGAUGUUGUUGUUGCUUGGUAUACCGUUAAUUUAGUCGUAUUCUUCGUGGACAACAAACUCCCAGAAAUGCCGGAUCGUACAAAUGGAGUACCUUUGCUUCCAUUGAGUACCAGGGAAAAGGAUGGCAGGUUGAAGGAGGAGAAAGACAGCAGACUGAAGGAAGAGUUCCAUAAGCUAUUAAACGGAAACCAUGGGGAUCCUACUGAUCGGCGACAGCGCGCGCAGAUGAACGGGAGGCACGAUGAAGACAUCAAUCACGCCCACAGCACGCUCUCCGACGCUGCUGUCAAUGGUGGUACAUGAGCCGCGGCAUCUGCUUUCCACCGGGAGUUUGUCUUCUCGCGUCGACCCCGAGGAGAAUCCUCUGGGGGCGGAUUGAGAACAACCGCCCGGUCCAUCUGCAUAGUGCAUGCACAUCCUGAACAAGAUUCCAGCGGCAGAGGCAGCAUUACACAUGGUUUCCUUGUCGAUUUCUGCUCAUCCACCAUCCUGGUACUAUAGCAUGAUCGCAGAUAAAACGAAUGAAAUGAAUGGAUGAUUUGGUGCUCUAAUCAAUCGGGCGGUAGACGCUAUUCAGGAAUCAGGAUCUUGGCCGCCGUAGUACGUUCUUCGGAGUCACUAGCUGUCGCUGUACAUAGUGGCCAGCUUAAUCUUUCUGAUCAAUUGUUUGUUCAUU